AUGGGCACCACUCCACCCACCAGCAGGACAAAACAUCAACUUUGGGAUCCCCAGGACCCUGGGCUAAAGACCUCAGGUCCUGGAUCUGCCUCCCAGUGCAUUAGCAUUAGCCCCAAGACACCCUGGGCCUUGGCCCUGCCCACCAGCAAGCAGAUAGCAGACCUAGGACUACUUCAACCCUGCACCCUACCGUAUCAAGACCCAGCCCACCUACCAGGAGGCCUGCACCUGCCGCAGGACCCCUUGGGCCCAAGCCUGCCCAGCAGCAGUCUAAAACCAGCUCUGGGACGCCGUGGGACCCGCAGUCAGCUGAUCCAGGAUACAGCCCCACCUACCAGCAGAACACUACCAGCUCUAGGACUUUUGGGGCCUUGCAGCCAGAGUCCUGGGAACCCAGUUCUGCCCAUCAGUGAGUUGGCAUUAGCUCUAGCACGGUCUCCCUGCAAGACACCACCAGUCCCAGGAAGCCCCAAUCCCCCCCACCAGCAGGCAGGCACCAACUCCAAGACACCUUGUAACCCUUAG